GCAUGAAACAUUGCGAUCUACAUGACAUCCCUAUCAUUGAAUUUUCUCGUCGAGUCUCAGUUGCUUCAUUGACAUCGGACACAUCGGGGUCAUCCACUUCAACGUGGAGUGAUGAAGAGGAACAAGCUCUUCCUGUCAUGUGCGGCUUCGGUGGUGAGGAGCUGAAGCGAUUCCAUUGGGUUCCGCCCAAAGGAUGGGAUGAGCACGCACAGAAUCUGGGCAUCUCUGCCCGUAACACUUUGCACUGGGACGGACGAGCUCCUCUACCCAUCGCCCCAAUUGGUGGCAAGUCCUGGCUCCUUCCAUGCAGUGACAAGCUGUCUUUGAGGAUCGCCAAGCUCCAGGAGAAGUUGAAGAGCUGCGGUUGGAAAAUCAUCACCAGCCCUGUGCACAUCAUUGAAAGCUUGGGGAACAAGGCGAACCUCCCCGGCUUUGCUGAUCGGAUCGGCAUGGUGGACUUUCUUCCCAUGCACUUUGCAGCGCCGGAAAGCGCGGUGUAUCCCUGCGUGUUGAAGCCUUGUCAGGGUGAAUUCGGGAAGAACUCCUACAUCUGCAACAGCAAGGAUGAAGUGUACAAAUAUGCUCCCGAGUUUUCUCCCAAGAAAUGGGUCCUGCAAGAACUGGUUCCUGGAAAUGUGGAGUUCUCGGUCUCCCUCCUGGUGUCCUAUGGAAGCAUCAUGGACAUGGUGGGCAUGAGAUAUACCUACGACAGGGCCGUCUACAUUUGGCCCAACGUGGUGGAAGUGCAUCGGGAGCUGUGUCUUGUGCCCUUGAGACACGUCAACAUCAUGGCUGGGAGCUCAAUGAAAGAAAUCAUGCGGGAAUUUUGUAGCAAGGCAUUCAAGGUACCAAUCGUAGCUCGGUAUAGCAAGGUAUUACUACAUAAUAACCAUCCGGUGCCACGCCCUGAAAAAUGA